AGUGCCCGCGCACCUCCGCACACUCGUCGCUCUACCUGCUGGCCUCGCGCCGAGCGUGCGGCGUGGUGAUGCCACCGUGCCCUGCCUCCCUCCUCUGGCUUUAAAGCCAAGCAGAGCAGGCCAUCCCAUUCCUUCCCUCUCCCUCAACUCCCUCGGCCACACCAGUUCGCGAGCAUGCCUAGUUGGGCGAGAGCGCAGCCGUUCUCCUCAGCGCCAGCGGUGCCCAUCGCUUCACGCAGUCGCCAGCGUCCAGGGAAUCAACCGUGGAUUGCUUGGUCGCGUCGAUCUCCGCAGCUCCGGUCACCACCAUUUCCACCCACCAGUUCGACUGUCGCUGACUUCACGCCGCGUGCUGUCGUCGCCAUUGCCGCCGUCGAGCUUGCUCCGGCCACCUCCGAGCUGUGCGUGUCACUUCACGAGGAUCCCCAUGGCACACUGAACAUCUUGGUACCCUCCGCUGGCCGAGCCGUCGCAGGAACCGCCGCCGGCGUUGCCUCCGGCAAGCCCACGAAAUAUUUUGUGUUCAUUGCUGUGGAUUUUCUUGGAUGGAUUUAUUUGCAUCUUUCGGUGUUUAUCGAUCGAGUAUUUGGCGUGUACGUAAGUGCGAUCAACGAUGAAUGAUAGAGAUCAGAAAUAUCACAAAGGUGAGAGGCAAGCAAUCCCUUGACCA